UUCUCUCCACUGCUCUCAAUCUAUCUACCGCCUCCCCUGAACUAAAGGAGACGACUUUAACAGAGAGAGAGAGAGAGAGAGAGGGAGGAGUCGCAUCAAUGGCAAUGACCUCGUGUUUCUUCACUGUUCCAAUCUCUGAAUCCAAUUUCACACGGCCCCACCUAGCUUUCUCUCCUAGACACUCUCCCUCCUCCUCCUUUACCGGCGUUAUCUCCGCAAAGGCCAUCUCUUUCCACCGCCGCGUCACUAUUUCCCCUGUUUUCUCCGCCUCUAUCGACAACGGCGGCUCUGACAACAGCAACAGCAACAACGGAGGGGAUGGUGGUGGUGGAAGCGGCGAUGGAGACGGUGACGGUGACGGUGAGGAUAGGGAUAGGAACAGGAGCGAGGCGAUGAUGCUAUUGGCGGAGUCUGGAACCGAACUGGAGAGUCUUCCCAAGGAUCUAGCGGCUGCUAUUGAGUCUGGUCGGAUUCCUGGUUCGGUUAUCACGAGGUUCCUCGAGCUUCAGAGGUCGGCUGUGAUGAGGUGGCUGAUGCAGUUUGCUGGGUUUAGGGAGAGGUUGUUGGCUGAUGAUCUCUUCUUGGCUAAACUCGCCAUGGAGUGUGGUGUUGGUGUCUUCACUAAGACUGCGGCUGAGUAUGAACGCCGUAGAGAGAACUUCUUCAAUGAACUUGAAGUUGUCUUUGCCGAUGUGGUGAUGGCUAUCAUUGCUGAUUUCAUGUUAGUUUAUCUACCUGCUCCUACGGUGUCUCUUAGACCACCUCUCGCACUUACUGCUGGUGGUAUAUCCAAGUUUUUCCACAACUGCCCUGAUAAUGCCUUCCAGAUUGCUAUCUCCGGAACCUCUUACUCUCUCUUGCAAAGGCUAGGAGCUAUAGCGCGCAAUGGGGCUAAGCUGUUUGCCGUUGGCACUACAUCAUCGCUGGUUGGCACUGCUGUUACAAAUGCAUUUAUAAAAGCAAAAGGAGCCGUGGACAAGACUUCUGAAGGGGAAGUCGAGACUGUUCCAAUAGUCUCCACAAGCGUUGCAUAUGGUGUCUAUAUGGCGGUUUCUGCCAACCUAAGGUACCAAGUAGUAGCUGGUGUAGUAGAACAACGUUUCCUGGAGCCAAUGCUACACCAACACAAACUUGCGCUCAGCGCUAUGUGUUUCGCUGUUAGAACAGGCAACACAUUCCUGGGCUCUCUAUUAUGGGUGGAUUAUGCGCGUCUCAUAGGGAUACAGAAAUCUCAUUGAUGAGUUAGAAGCAGAAGAAAGAACGUGAUCUGCUUUCUGACUUAAUGUUAUACGAAACUACAUGUGUCUUCACUCGCAAUUGUUUCGACGAUUCCAUGCAAAACCUAUGCUAUUUUCACAAAGCAUGUUAAAAAAAAACAUUAUGCAUUUGGGGUUUGAAACGUCUUUGAUUUAUCUACAA